UGAGAGAGUGGCAUUAAAGAGUGGUGAAGACUUCCUGCAGUAACGAGGGGACAAACUGCUGGGGUGAUUAACACCUAUAUGUGCGUCUCUAUGGGUUUGGAGGAAGUGUCAGGCAAGCCUUGGCCUCUAAAGAAAGACGGACCCCGUUUCCCCCCAAUUCCUCUCAAUGUUGUUUCUACACACCUUUGUGGGCUGGCUGGAGACAAAAGACAGAUCAAAGAGGAGACUGAUGUUUUGACAGAAGUGCACAUACACACCUCUGGCCCCCUUUGAAGUGAUGGAAGAAGGUAGAAGCCUAAAGCAAGUCAGUUUGUAACUUCAGUCUGGUGGUCAUGUAUCUCCCAGAGGAACGGCCUGUGCUGGACUUACCCUACCAGAUGAAUCAUUUGGUUAAUAACUAUGGAUAUUAUCCACAAGAUUGCCGGACUCAGUACAGCAGGAUGAACAGUGCUGAAGCUGAACUGACUUCACUGCCAGUUCAUGUGUCACUGCAGGAUCGAGAGCUGUGGGACAAAUUCAGCAGUAUCGGCACAGAGAUGCUCAUUACUAAAUCUGGCAGACGGAUGUUUCCCAGCUGCAAAGUAACAGUGACGGGACUGAAUCCAAAAGUCAAGUAUGUGGUGAUAAUGGACAUGGUGCCGUUUGAUAACCACAAGUACAAGUGGAAUAAGGAUGGUUGGGAAGUGAAUGGUUCAUCUGAUCCACACCUACCCAACCGCUUCUUCAUUCAUCCAGACUCUCCUGCUCCUGGACAAAAGUGGAUGCAGUAUCCAAUCUCCUUCCACAAGCUCAAACUGACCAACAACACACUCAACUCCAACGGCCUGGUGGUUCUUCACUCCAUGCAUAAAUACCAGCCCCGUCUACACAUAGUCCAGUCUCCAGACCCCUGUACUCCUCACAACCCUGGUGCUUACCUGCGCUUCACCUUUCCUGAAGCUGCUUUCAUAGCCGUCACAGCCUAUCAGAAUCAGGAGAUCACAAAACUCAAGAUUGACAACAACCCUUUUGCCAAAGGGUUUCGUGACAAUGGACUGAACAGGAAAAGGUUUAGAGACAAAGAGACCCAACAAAUGCAGAAUUCAGAUGGACAGUUCCAACAGGAUUUGACAGCAAAUGACUGUGCAGCUGGAAUGUCCCAGAUGGAUGAGGAUGUGGACUUGAGCGUGUCCAGCUCUGUUGACUGCAGUGAUACCCAGAACUCUUUAUCUGUCAGCCUCAACCCUUUCAUAUCAGCCUUUACAAACUCCAGCAGUGCUGGAGGAGCAGCAGUCCACCAAACCCACACCCUUCUCAGCCUCAGUAACAGACAAUUCAGCAGCUCCAGAGAUUCCAGCCUCCGUAGUGUCUGUGCGGCUCUGCCGGUGUCCCAGCUGUCCACAGGACACACCAGUUUCAGCAAACUGAACCCUCAGGAGACCCUUUACAACAGCAGACCCAGAAUCCAGCUCCAGCCUCUUCAUCCCUCACUCCAGAGUCCUGACCUGGAGCUGUGCCUCCCUCUGCCUCCCAAACUGAGCCGCGUGCAACUGCCUGAAAGUGCCCUGAGGAACUUGGAGAUGAGCCCACUGUCCGACUGUGCCAAUCCGAGACCCCUCACCAACAUCCUCAACAGCUCCCGUUUCAGAGCCUCAACACCCUCAGGGAAGCUCCUCCCAAAUCCCCCUCAGCCUGAGCAGUUCCUCUGCGGGUCAGAACAAGUGAUUUAUUCAGCGGUUCAGGAAUACACUGAUCAGCAGUUCACAAUAAACCACCAGACUGAACACAGACCACAUAUGAGGCCACUAACUGAGUACUAAUGUGACCAGAAGCCUGGAAAAUUAUGUUUUUUUUGUUGU